GGAUGAUAAUUAAGUAUUCAAAGGUUUCUUCCAUCAAGCUUACAUCCACGUAGUCCUCUCCUCAAGCAUCGCUUCCGCUGCUAUUUUAAGGCAAUUAGUGAUUUUGACCUAACCAUACACAUCCGACAUCUUCUCCACUCUUUCACAUAUUUAAGAAACUGAUCAGUCUCUGCAAGUAUUAUAUUAUAUAUAUAUAUAUAUCUCAAUUACAUACACAAGUGAUUAUGUCUUCAAGAGUUUUUACAAUGUUGAAGCUAUUGUUGUUGUUAGUUUUGUGUACAUUAUGGAUCUCUGUUACAAAGGCCACUGUGUCUUAUGACAAAGAAGCUAUCCUCAUCAAUGGCCAAAGAAGGAUUCUUAUGUCAGGAUCCAUUCACUACCCAAGAAGCACUCCUGAUAUGUGGCCUGGCCUUAUUCAAAAGGCGAAAGUCGGAGGCCUGGAUGUGAUUCAGACAUAUGUGUUUUGGAAUGGACAUGAACCUUCUCAGGGAAAAUACUAUUUUGAGGAUCGGUACGAUCUGGUUCGAUUCAUAAAACUGGUGCAGCAAGCUGGCCUUUACGUUAAUCUCCGGAUUGGACCCUAUGUUUGUGCUGAAUGGAAUUAUGGGGGAUUUCCUGUUUGGCUCAAGUUUGUUCCGGGUAUCGAUUUUCGAACAGACAAUGAACCUUUCAAGGCAGCAAUGAAGUCAUUUACUGAAAAAAUUGUAUAUAUGAUGAAACAAGAGAAACUGUUUGAACCACAAGGAGGUCCUAUAAUUCUGGCUCAGAUAGAAAAUGAAUAUGAUCUUGUGGAGUAUUCACUUGGACAACCUGCAAAAAAUUAUGUGAAAUGGGCAGCAGGAUUUGCUGAAAGUCUCGGAGUCGGAGUUCCAUGGAUCAUGUGCAAGCAAAUGGAUGCUCCUGAUCCAAUUAUCAACACCUGCAAUGGUUUCUAUUGUGACAAGUUCUAUCCUAACAAGAACUAUAAGCCCAAACUAUGGACUGAGAACUGGAGUGGCUGGUUAACGAAGUUUGGCGGUCCAGUUCCGUACAGGCCUGCAGAGGACUUGGCAUUUUCAGUUGCAAGUUUUAUACAGAACAAAGGUGCAUUUGUGAAUUAUUAUAUGUAUCAUGGAGGGACUAAUUUUGGAAGAACAUCUGGUGGCCCCUUCAUCGCGACUUCCUAUGACUACGACGCUCCAAUCGAUGAAUAUGGAAUGGCAAGGGAACCAAAAUGGAGCCAUUUAAAGAACAUGCAUAGAGCCAUCAAGCAGUGUGAACCAGCAUUAACCAAUGGAAAUCCCACUGUAACAUCUCUUGGGAAGCAUCAGGAAGCUCAUGUGUUCUGGUACAAAGCUGGGGGUUGUUGUGCAUUCCUAGCUAACUAUGACACUCAUUGGGAGGUAAAUGUGAGCUAUCAACAUUUUCCGUACACCCUUCCCCGUUGGUCCAUCAGCAUUCUCCCUGACUGCAAGACAGUACUAUUCAACACUGCACAGGUUGCGUCCAGCGGUAUGCGGCCGCGAAUGUGGCCUGCGAAUAAGGGGUCAUACUAUUGGCACUCAUAUACUGAAGCAGUUGCAUCUCCUUCUGAUAAGAAUACAUUUACAGCAGACGGUUUACGCGAACAAGUAAGCGUGACUUGGGACAAAACAGACUACUUGUGGUACAUGACAGAUGUCACCAUAGGUGCCAAUGAAGGAUUUCUAAAGACUGGACAACUUCCUGUCCUUACUGUAAAGUCUGCAGGUCAUGCUUUGAAUGUCUUCGUAAACUGGGAAUUAGUAGGAACUGUUUAUGGUAGCAUGGAAGAUCCAAGAAUAACAUUUAGUGGUAAAGUGAACCUGAAAGCCGGUGUUAACAAGGUUGCAUUACUUAGUGUUUCUGUUGGCCUUGCGAACAUUGGCGUGCAUUUUGAGAAAUGGAAUGUUGGGGUUCUUGGCCCUGUAACACUACAGGGUCUCAAUUCCGGUACUUGGGACAUGUCAAGAUGGAAAUGGACAUACAAGAUUGGUUUAGAAGGUGAAGCAAUGAAUCUCUUCUCACCCAAAGGCUCAUUCGUUAAGUGGGCAGAAGGAAAUUGGAUAGCCAAAAGAAAGCCAUUGACAUGGUACAAGACGACGUUCGAUGCACCGCUAGGCAAUGACCCAUUAGCCUUAGACAUGAGCAGCAUGGGAAAAGGCCAGAUGUGGAUAAAUGGACAAAGCAUUGGACGUCACUGGGCUGCAAACAAAGCCUCUGGUAAAUGUAGCCAAUGUGACUAUGCUGAUUGGUAUACUGAGACCAAGUGCCUAGCUGGUUGCGGCGAGCCAUCUCAGAAAUGGUACCAUGUUCCGCGAGCGUGGAUGUGGCCGAAAGGGAACACUCUGGUUGUCUUUGAGGAGUUGGGUGGUGAUCCUACUUGGAUCAAACUUGUCAUGAGAACACCAAAGUGAAUAGAACCUUGAUGAAGAGACAGACUGACAGACUCAUGUUUUGAUCAUCUUAUAUAAUAAAAGGAUGCUCAAUCAGCUGUGAUUUGAAAUUAGAUCCAGAUAUUCAAUGUUCUUCACUGAUUAGUGUCAAAAUUUGAUAUAUUUUGAUUGUUGAAUCAAAAUCUUUGAAUUGUAAUAUCAGUUCAGUCAAAUGAAACUGUCAGCCAAACUCUCAGUUCUUGCAAUCAAGUUAGAUUCCUAGUGUUUGGGCUGAUUUAAAUUUUUUGCAGUGUAGGGUAUGGGCCCAAAUUCUGGCGAAUUCAAGCCCAAUUUAAAUUACAUAAAAGUCCAAGCCCAUGGGCCA